UUGAUUUGAAGUCCGAAUGAUAAUAGCUGCACUCGAAGAAGUGUGUUUAUUUGUACCAAUAAAUCUUCAAUUUCAGAAGAUAUUCAAGUUUCUAUAGUGUCCAUGUUAACUUAGUGUAAUUCCGCGCAGUGAGAUUUUAAUUUGUCGUGAUGUAAAAGUUGUGAAUGAAAACAGUAUUAAAAAGAAAAAAAAAUCUGUUCUGCAUCGUCGAAUAGUCACCAAUUUUAUAAACAAAAGAAAAAUUGCUGCCUGUUGUACUCACCAAUCCGUGAUUAAAUAUCAACUUGUACUAUGGAUUUCGCAUGGCAAGAUGUAUUUGAAUUCCCGCCUUUCUUUGACAAUCAACAAGACACUGCCAAAGCGGAACACACUCCUACUCCUGUGCUAGAAGAUGAUCAGACUCAUUUGAGCUUCUUCGAAUCGAAUCAAUGUGACGCAGUGUCAAUACCACAAUCAUACACAUUUAGUGAGUAUGGAAUGCCCAUUUACUCUUCGCUGGAAGCCUACGAGGAGUUUUCAACGACGAACAACUAUAUAGACUUGACCACAUCGGAGAUUGACGCAGCGUUGGCAGACUGUUAUCUAGUUCAAAAUGAAUCAGUCUUGACAGAAGUGCCUUACUACCCUGUUGAAGACUAUUCUGUUGACACAGCGUCGUCAGACAGCUAUCCAGUUCAAAAUGAGCCAGUCAUGACAGAAGUUCCUUACUACACUGUUGAAGACUAUCCUGUUCAACCGGCGGCUUGUUCUGCGGAGCCUCAAACUCAAUCGGAACCACAAGAACAAGCCCCAGCUCCUGCAGAAGUCACCUUCCCUAUAACAUUCGAGAUAACGGGAUAUGUGAACACGGAGGUCCUCAAGCCAUUACCAGCACCGAAGAAGAAAACUCGCAAAAGAAAAAGUUGUUUGGAGAAGUACAGCAGCGAAUGGAACUGCGAACCAUGUGGAAAAUCGUUCAAGUCAAAAGGUGGACUAUCCCAGCAUAACCAACAGCGCCAUUCCGGACCAACACCGCAUGGCUGUCGCAUCUGCGGAAAGCGAUUUCGUGAUUUUGACACCAUGCAGCAACACACCCAACGGCAUCUGAUGAAAGAUAAGCCUUACAAGUGCGAAGAGUGUCCGAAACAGUUCAUACGAUACUCGGACCUGGCGCGACACGUUAAUCUGCAUCAUCGGGAGUGCCUACACAAAUGUCCAAUUUGUGGGAAGCCAUUCGACAGGAAGGAUCACCUGACGGAUCAUAUUAUCAGCCAUCAGAACGGUACUGUGAAGAAAUUGAAAGUCCGAACACUGAGUCAGACCAUUUGCUGAAUAGCGAGUAAGUCAGAAAAUCGCAAUAAAUGACGAUAUUUUAGAAAUCAAAUGCAUGAAACCAAAAAAAAAUCCGUUGGUUAAAAGAA